AUGAAAUUGAGGAUCAAGCUAAUUUUGAUGAUAGUGUUUUUAUCACUUUACUAUUUUCUGUUUAGUCUGGUGUUGUUAUUAGGUUAAUAUUUUGAUGAAGAGUAUAGAACAGAGAGUGAGACACUGUCCUAAGGAAUUUAUAACGAGUCUUCAUUGAGUAGACUUCGAUUUGCUCGAUAUUAUUAUGGAAGAUCCAAUAGACCUAAUAUCAAUUCACUUUAUGCUAUUUAAAAUCUAAUAGAUUACAUUGAUGAUUAUCAACAAUUAGACGAUGAGAGUUUGCUUGGAUUAAAAUGGUAUUUUAGCAAUGUCACUGAUUUGUACAUUUUGAAACUUGACUACCCAAGUUAAUAUUAACUAUUACAAUAUUACUCCCCCCUAUCGAAAUUGAUUGAGAUCUACAAUAAAAAUAAUGUAUUUGAUCACUUUCAUUUUUUGUGUUAAAAUGGAUUAGGCAUUUCAUUUUAUAGUACUGACAUCAAAACUUCCGAUGAUUGGUACGAAACAUCGAUAUCCAAUUGUAAGACAUAUAAUGAUUGCUUCGAUUAUAUUAGUGGAUAUUCUCCACAAAUCGCAUACCCUAAAUUAGACUUAAAUAAUGAAGUUUGGAGAAUGAGGGCUGGAAAAGAAGGUUCUGAAUGCAAAUUGCACAUUUAAAAGAAAAGAGAACUUGCGAUAAUUAAUUCAGGUGCACCAGUAAUUUAUUCGUUUCUAACAAAUGGCCACAUUAAUAUCAUUUCCGAUGGAGCACUUGUUAAUAGCACCCUCGAAGAUGCUUUAUAACUGUGGCCUAAUCAAACCAGCGAUUUCACUGACCAACUCUACACAUUAGUUACUGUCCCAAUAGAAUUUAGAAAAUGGAGAAUGCUUUAUGAUGGAAUGGGAGAACAACGAAUAGUAUUGUUUUCUUCUUACCAUUUUGUGCAUCCAAACUUCCCAAAUAUUACUCUUACCAAAGAAUUAAUUACUAAAUGCUCGAUGAUUUAUCUAUAGUCGAUGUCACUGUCGUAUUACAAACAGUUGGCAGGUCAAAAUGAAGAAGCAUCAAAGAUUUCAAUGAAUCUUAUCAUUAUUGCAUGUGCUUUGCAUGCAGUUCUCAUCAUUUAUUUCUGGAGGAAAGGUGUAGUGAUUGCACUUUCUCUUGAAGUUCCCAUUAAUUAAUUGAUUAAAUUAACUAAAGUGGAUAUGAAAUAUCUUGAAAUACAAUACUUCAAUUUAGAGAGUUAUAAGGAUCUCUUUAACAAUAAAGAAAUAAGGAAAUUCUAUGAAGUCAUAAUCAAUUACUUGAAUAGCAUUAAAUACUCAAAUAAUAAACUCUUAUAGGGAUCUAAAGAUAUGGAUGAAGCUGAAGCCUUAAUCAUCUUAAGUAUGUCAAAGAGAUUCUAUAAAAAAUACUAUAAUAACCCUGCUGUUGGCAUCUGUGCCAAUAAUAUUGCUAAAAUUCAUAUGAGAAAUCAAAGAUAUCUUGAAGCUAUGAAUGAAUAAGAGGAAUCAGUGUUGAUAGCAAAUUAAGAUUUGUAAAGUUUAAAAGAAAUGGAAUAGUAUGCAAAUUAAGCAGCACAGCCAUAAGAUGAUUAAUAAUUAAUUAAAUUGUAUCUUAGGUUAAAAAAUAAUGUUUUAUAAAAAUUCUAAAGACAAGAAGAAAAAGUGAUGAAGGAAGUUAUAAAAGAUUUGGAAAGUAAAACAAAGGUCAUUUAAAACUCUCAAAAUUUUACAGUAAGAAGGUAAACUACUUAAAGGUUUAAAAAUGAUACCUAAAUUAAAAGUUCAAUAGAAUCUGAGGUGCAUAAUUUGAAUCAACAAACACCUAAGCGAACAAAUACUAUGUUUAGAAAAACAUACCAGGAAGAUAAAAAUCCAAUUCAAGAAGAAAAUGUUGAUUUACCUAGUGAACGAUUGGAGAAUUUAGGAAGUCCAAAAAAGUCUAGUCCUAUUUCUAGAAUAUAAAAUACUGAAGAAUACUCUAAAAAGUAGGUUAUUAUUGAACACAAAAUUGUAUUUAGAAAAUAUCAAUUGGCUUGUAUUCUUUACAAUUAUAGUAUGACAAAAUCUUAAUCAACAUUUCUUAAUGAAAGUGUUAAACAAUUCAAUGAUAUUAUGGAUGAUCUUUAGAAUCUUCCUGAAUGCUUUUCUAUUCUAUAUAUGAAGAUCAAUAUCAUAGCAAAAAAGGCGUUUUGUUUUGCCAGAGCUGGAAUGCUGGAGAAAGCAAAAUUAGAAUUGGAAGAAGCUGAAACUAAAUUGAAAAAUUUGUAAAACAAUAGGACUGAAAUUAAAUAACUGGAAAUUUCUGAUUUUGUGGAUAUUUUUAGAGAUAUUCCUUUAGAAAUUUUAAGAGAAAAGUUAACAGGUUUAGAGGCAUCGUUAUUAAUGAUUAGAGGAGAGUAUGUCGAAGCUUGUUAUAAGUUUAUUUCUAUUCUAAAAGCAGAAGGACACUAUGAUCCUGGAUUUUAGAAAUUUGUAUUGAAGACAUUAACCAAAAUAUUUAAAAGAUGCAAUGUAGAUCAUAAUUGCUUGAUCAAAUUCUCACAAUAAAAUUAACUUAAAAGACUCGAACUGAUCUUUCUACUUGAUUACUCAUCAGAAAUGACGACAGAGCAAUUUACUUUAUCUCAUCAUAUGUGUCAGAAUGUUGUCUAAUCUUUGAAUGAUGACUCAUUUGUUGGACUAUAUGCAUUCAACGAAUCCCUCCAUGAGAUAUUCCCUUUACAAUUGAAGGGAACCUACAAAAAGCUUUUAGAAUCAACUAUAGAAAAGGUUUUGAUCAAACCAGGCGGAUAAGGUAACAUCUUCUCAGCCCUUGAGAUUACGAUAGCAUCUUUGUUUGAGAAGGAUAAGCCAGAGUAAAGCAAAUAAUUAUCGUUACACUUGAAAUCAAAUUAGAUCAAAUAGCAAAUUGAAUAAGAGGAAUUCAGAUGCUCGGAUAUGGAGUUUAGAUGCAAGACGAGUUCACCCAGAGUAGGAAUAACGGUUUCAGGUGGAUUUAGUUAGGCCUUGAAAUAAUACGAAGAAAAUUAGUUUGAUAAUGUUAGUUUAAAUUAAAAUAUGGUAAGAAUUGAAGAUAAUAUUUCUUAGAAUCAAUAUAAAGUUGAUAUUGAUAACAUUGAUGAAGAAAAAGAUGAACACACCAUCAGAUAUGUAUGCAUAUUUAGUGAAGGAGUUCACAAUUACAACCAAAUGUCAAUUGAUAGAUUGAAAAGCUUGAUAGAAAAGAAGAAUAUCCACUUACUAAUUUUCAAUAUUGCUAACUAGAAUAUGAAUAUGCUUUAUCUCAAAUAAUUAUCUUAGGUGUCUUCAGAGAGUAGAUUCUUUACAAAUGAAAUUGAAAUCAAAGACUUUUUUUCAAAACUUAGAACUAAUGAUUUUACUAAAAGAGUUUAUUUAGAAUUCUUUUGA